CCAACACUAUCCUGGAUCCUUGUCAAAAUCGAUCUUGGAUCUACUAUAGUUGGCUAAUUUACUAGUCGUGUUUCAUUUUUCUGCUACGCUUUUUGCCUGCAGCUGUGUAGAUUGAUAGAGGGUUUUGAAGUAGAGGGUGUCUCUGUCCAUGUAUUGUAGUUGAAAUUUCUUUAUUUGCUAUAAAUUUCUUAUUCUUUGCCAUACGAGACAUCUUCAACUACGUCGAUUCAGAUUUAUAGCAAGUUUCGUGGAAAAUGGACGACUCGUUGUAUGAUGAGUUUGGUAACUACAUCGGAGGUGACAUCUCCGAUGAGGAUGAGGAUUCGGAGGAGGAGCAGGGCCGCAUGGGAUUCGGAGGAGAUGGUGGCUCAACCGCCUUCGACGGCUCGUCCACUGCGAUCACCACUGCCCCAGUGGCUAUGAGCGUGGAGAAGCGCGCUGUAGUUCUGCACGAGGACAAGCAGUAUUACCCAGAAGCCGAAGAGAUCUACGGUCCCGAUGCCGUUGUCCUCGUGCAAGAGGAGGAUACCAUGCCCAUCACGGAACCAAUCAUCCCACCGACAAGAAUAUUCGACUUCGACUUGGUCGAAAAACAGGUAUUAAGCUGGAGAAGUGGCUUUUUUGAUUCUAAGAAAGUUUUUAAAAUGGCUUCAUUGUUGUGAUCGCUACAACCAAGAACACUGAUAGAUAAAUCGCAGUUCUCGGUCGUCGCAAAUCCUUACAGAUAGCACAACACCACUAAAUGAAUGAAAUUGACCAUAGAUCCCGGAUACAACGUUCAAAUUCGAUUACAUGGCUGGUCUGAUGCAAGAGCCAGGGCUCAUCCGAAACAUCGCUGUUAUUGGGCACCUGCAGAGUGGGAAAACUAGUCUCAUCGACUGCCUUGUGCGAGAGACGCAUCAGUUUAAGAGCGUGAAGCUGAAGGGAGACCAGCAAUACAAGCGUGAGAUGCGAUACCUAGACAGUCGUCGGGACGAGCACGAGCGCGGCUGUUCGGUGAAGGCAUCUGCGAUCUCUCUGGUGUUGCCGGAUUGUGACGAGAAGAGCUACCUGAUGAACAUCAUGGAUACGCCGGGUCACCCGAACUUCAACGACGAAGUCGCGGCUGCGGUGCGAAUUAGCGACGGCGUCAUUUUCGUAGUAGAUGUGAUCAUGGGGCUCAGCACCCACUGCGAACGCCUGCUGAAGCACGUUGUCCAGGAGGGCCUAGACAUCGUGCUCUGUGUCAGUAAAGUGGACCGACUAGUCACGGAACUAAAGCUCCCACCAGCCGAUGCAUACCACAAAAUCAAGUACUAUCGGAGAUACAGAUCAGCUAUAGUUCUCUUCAUUAUUUCCAAUUUGUAGUAAAAACGACGCCACAUAUUCGAUUGUUGCAAGAACUUACCUUCUAGAUGAGAUGGAAUAUUUUUCGAUACGAAUUCACAUUUUUUCCACAUUGAUCCCACAGGCACACAAUCAGUGAAGUGAACACUGCGUUGGAGAACAUUCAUACGCUGUUAGCAAUCGAUCGUCCGCUGAAGGUGCUGUCUCCGACUCGCGGAAACGUGAUUUUCGGCGCUGGGCUUUUCAACAUGGUUUUUUCGUUGAAGAGUUUCGCAGCUAUCUAUGCGGACACAUUUCCGGGUCAGCGCUCUGCUCCACCAAACGAGAAUUCGCAAGAAGACAGCCAACAAGACGCGGCAGAGGAGGCUGGUGCUGAUGGCGAGGGAGAAGCUCCUACGGCGUUCGGACGCAGAGGUAGAGAAAUUCAAGGUGGCUUUGAGAGGAAAGACUUCGCGCCGUUGCUUUGGGGGGAUAUCUAUUUCAACGAAGUGACUAGGAAGUUCGCACGAGAGCCUCCAGAAGAUGUGGAGGAUCCGCCACGCACCUUUGUGGCUUUCAUCUUGGACCCGCUUUACAAGAUGAUUGGUCACACACUGGGGAUGGAAACAGAGGAUCUGGUACAAGUGCUGGCGCAGCUCGGAGUGUAUCUGCCGAAGAAGGACUACAAGUUGAGCACAAAAGACCUCCUCAAAUCAGUCGGCCGACACUUCUUCCAGGGAAACUCAGCGCUCGUAGACGCAGUCGUGAAGCACGUGCGUGACCCGAAGGUGGCCGCAGCAGACAAGGUAUUUUUUCUUGGUGAUUGGUUCUUGCUGUAUGAAUUUACUAACAGUUUUUUCUGAACUCAGAGUUUUGUAGUAACAUUCAUAGACAGGAAAAUUAGUAUUGGUUCUGCAAUUUACACCUAGGUUCGUCGUACUUACACUGGCGAGCAAAUGGGCUUGAUCGCAGACGGCAUGGCCAACCUGGAUCCCAAUGGAUUGCUGAUGAUCCAUGUGGUGAAGAGCUACCACCAUCCAGAUUUGAGUACUUUCGACGUGUUCGGAAGGGUGAUGUCGGGUACGAUCCACGCCGGCGAGCGCGUGCAGGUUUUGGGUGAGAACUAUUCCUUGAGCGACGAUGAAGACAAGAGUGCUCGCACUGCUUCGACAUUGUGGAUCUCACAGGGACGCUACCGCUGCGAAAUUUCCCACGUUCCUGCUGGCAACUGGGUAUUGAUCGGUGGUGUAGAUGCAAACGUAGUGAAGACGGCAACGAUCACCAACCUCCCAGACGCUUUGACCGACAAAUUGACGAAGGCAGCCGAAGCGAAGGGUGCGGGAGAGUCAGCGGCUGCGACGCGCGAGGAAGUGGAGAUCUUCCGCCCGCUGAAGCAUCUGACCGUUCCGUGCUGCAAGCUAGCCCUAGAGCCUCUGAACCCCUCAGAACUACCAAAGAUGGUUGACGGGUUGCGCAAAAUCGACAAGGCGUACUCGGUUUGUAAGACUAAAGUCGAAGAGUCAGGUGAACACGUCAUCGCUGGUACUGGUGAGCUCUACCUGGAUUGCGUGCUUCACGAUCUGCGCCGGCUGUAUGGCGAUUUGGAAAUCAAGGUGUCCGAUCCAAUUGUGACGUUUCAAGAAACCGUCUCGGAAACCUCAACCAUGAAAUGCUCAGCUGAGAGUAUGAACAAACAUAACAAGCUCUUCAUGGUCUGCGAUACACUGGAGCCGGCAAUUGAGGUAGCAUUGUCUCUAUUUCUCACGUGUAAACGUAGACGUAUAUAUAAUCACAAUGAAUGUAUUCUUUUAUGGUAGCCCCUAGUGCUGAUUCGUGCUGAAAUUCUAAUAAGUAUGCAAGUGAAUUCAAUAAAUGUAAAUCGCUCUUAUCCGACCUUCCGAGAUGACCUUGAGACAGCCAUGAAAUUAAUGAUCAAACCCAGGCCGAUAUCGAGCGAGGGCGCAUUCUUGAGCACUGGGAAGUUGGUAGUAAAGCGAUGCGAGAUCAUUUCAAGAAGGAGUAUGAUUGGGAUAUUCUUGCCGCAAAGGGCAUUUGGGCUUUUGGUCCUACGGACCGCGGUGUGAAUAUGCUGUUGAACGAUACUAUCGAUGUUAGCAAAAAUUUGCUAGAAACCAGUAAGGAAUCCAUCGUUCAGGGAUUCCAGUGGGCCUCGCGAGAAGGACCUCUAUGCGAUGAGCCAAUCCGAGGUGUGAAAUUCAAGCUGCUAGACGCAAGACUCCACGAAAGUCCACAAUUUCGAGGUGGCGGCCAGCUUAUCCCGUGUGCGCGUCGGUGCGCGUACGCAGCAUUCCUGAUGGCCGCACCACGAGUUUUGGAACCAAUCUAUUUCGCCGAAAUCACCUGCCCAGCGAAUGCGGUUCAGGGUACUUCAGCUCUAAUGUAGUUCUCAUUUUAACAGGAGAAAGUAUGUUUCGAAGAUUCUAAGGCCAACAAUAUUACCUCAUUCUUGCUCUUGCUGGUUGUACAGUUUAGUCAAACGCUAAUGAUGAUCUCGAACUCGCUGUCCUCGAUCAUUGAUUUCUUCACAAAGACUAAGAAAGUACUGAAGGAAGCAUAACAUUUUCUUCAAAUCAAACUACAGCUGUGUACACCGUCCUUUCGCGUCGACGUGGACACGUGCACAAGGACUACCCGAAGCCGGGUUCUCCACUCUACAUCGUAGAAGCAGCACUCCCUGUGAUCGAGUCCUUCGGAUUUGAGACGGAUAUUCGGUCACAUACCCACGGCGCGGCGAUGGUCCUGACCUGCUUCGACCACUGGAGUCAAGUGCCUGGUGACCCUCUAGAUAGGUCCAUUCUCUUGCGGCCACUCGAACCGGCACCGAUCCCGCACUUGGCGCGCGAAUUCAUGCUGAAAACGCGAAGAAGAAAAGGUCUGGCAGAAGACGUAAACAUUUCCAAAUUUUUAGAUGCAGACAACUACGUGCAAUUCGCGAGAGAAGAAGCUGUCCUCAACAAGGAUGGUGGUGACGCUGGCUUCGAGUUCUAAGUGCAAAGUUGUACUUAGAACUCUGCUGCUACGCGUGGGGUUUUGAUCGCCAUUAUCCUGCUGGAUUUUAGCGCGGCGGCAGACGAUAAAGCGUGUGGACGGAUAGUGCCUCAACGAUGAGGAUUCCUUCCGAAUCUCCUCUGACUAAAGUGCUACCAGCAACAUGUGACAACAACGCAUAACUAUGUACUAGUUUCACACUUAAAGAUUUUAUGAACACGAGAAUGUGGCAUCAUUCACGUUCCUGUUCAUUGCGCUUUAAUUAACUUUCGAUCUCCUCAGUCACUAUGAAGAUGAUGUCCCACCCACCGACAUUACAGACUUUUUUCUGAUGGUCCUCGCUUGUCUGAACAGGAUCUCAGGUUUUUUGGGCUGCUUCCCCCUUCGCAUACUGGGAUGUACAUCGAUCUCCGCUGAAUGAGGAGCGCUUCCUUGCGCGAACUGUGCAUGGAAACUAAGGAGCUUCCGUGACAGUAUGUGCUAUCAGUACUAUGUUUUAUAUGUCAUGAAAAAGGGUUUUCAGAGUGUGUCGACAGACAUGCGGAUGGCGCGAGAUAGACUGACG